AUGUCGAAAACAGCAGACGUCAAGCCCAGCGAGCAGCCGAAGGUGCUGAAGAAACACGUACAGGAGCUCUCAGACAUUGAGCUCGUGGAGGACAAACGAUCAAAGAAGGGACUCCUGCUACGUCCCCAGCCUUCCAAUGACCCUAAUGAUCCUCUCAAUUGGCCAUAUUUGGAAAAGUAUUCCACAUAUCUCACCAUCUGCUUCUUUGCGUUUUUAGGAUUGGUCAACAGCAGUAAUUUUACCGUGUCGAUUGUACCAGUCGCUGCAGAAUUCCAUACAACCACGACGAGAGCGGGCUAUCUCACCUCUAUCCAGCUCUUAUUCAUGGGUCUUGGAAACCUCUUCUGGAUGCCGAUGAUGCGCAUCAUUGGGAAGAGGCCAGUAUAUCUAGCAUCUCUUCUGCUUUUGGUUGCUACCAACAUCUGGGGAUAUUUUUCGCACUCGUACGGCAGCCUAUUGGCAAGUAGGCUCUCAGGCGGCUUUUUCUCUGCUGCUGCCGAUGCCACAGUCCCAAGUGUCGUUGCGGACUUGUUUUACUUCCACGAAAGAGGGCAUUGCAUGAUGAUGUUCCAUACAGCGAUAAGUGGCGGCGUGUUCCUCGGCCCGUUGAUAAAUGCGUACAUCGUACAAUAUGCAGGAUGGAGGUGGAUGUGUGGCUUCAUGGCCAUCGCUGCCUCCGCUACGUUUGUUGUAGGAUUCUUCACCAUACAUGAGACCGCGUACAAUCGAGAGAUCGUCAACUUCAAUCUUCCCAAAUCGGAGUAUGCUCCGAAAAGGAAUUGGUUUGCAGGCUUGUCCCUCACGUCUGGCUAUGAUUCUCAAGCUUCGUUUUGGGGAUGGCUAGGUAACACACUAGUGUUGCUUGCAUAUCCGCCAGUGGUGUUCGUCGGACUGACGAUUGGUGUAUUUGUUGGGUGGAACAUCUCAAUUCAACUGACCUCUUCUCGGACAUUUACCGCAGCUCCAUAUCAUUGGAAGAUACACAGUCUUGGUCUCCUCUCAACCGCAGGCUUUAUCGGUGCUGUAAUCUCGUUCUUUAUCGGCGGAAAAUUGAUCGACUUCGUUGCAACUCGGAUGACUGCUCGGAAAGGUGGGCACGCUGAGCCCGAAUACCGCCUUCCUGCAAUGGCCAUCCCUGCAAUUGUAGGGCCUAUAGGAGUCCUAACUUUUGGGCUGGUGAUUGCUAACAAGAAGAGUUAUUGGGGUGCUGCAGUUGGCUUUGCGAUGUUGGGCUUUGGAUUGACGGCAGCUAGCAACGUAGUUGCUACUUACGCUGUAGAUGCUUAUCGUCCUAUCUCCGGAGAAGUUCUAGUAAUUGUGUUUGUGGUCCGAAAUGUGAUGGCUUGUAUUCUUUCCUUGUACAUUGCUGAUUGGAUUAGAGUGGAGGGUGUAAAGAAAGCGUUUGGAGAGAUGGUUGCUAUUCAGUAUGCUAUCGUAUCAUUAUCUGUGGUCCUGUACUUCUUUGGGAAAAGAAUUCGUGUCUUCACCGGGCGAUUUGGCCCGAUGAAGAAAGUAUUGCGAGGCAAUUAGUUUUUAUGUGUCAAGCAAGUUGAAUAUGGCUGUUAUGUAGUGAGCAAAGGUUUGCGGAUUCAACGGAACUCCAGGAAGGAGUCUGAAUGUUCCAUAAACUUGUUUCCAUGUGCAUGAUCUCAGAACGAAGAAAU